AUGUCGGGAGCUCUUCAAGAGGACGGGGUAUCUGCGGUCGCCAGAAAUAAGGAUAGGGGAUGGGAUACGAAUGUUGGACCUCGGCAUAUCAAGACUCCAUCCCCUGGGACAAAGCCGGCCAGCCCCAACAAGGUCGCUCCGACCUCCCCUAUCAACAUCAACCUGACAGUGAACCCAAACACUCCUUGGGCUGCCUUCGCCAAAGACAUCAGCAAGAAGCCCAGUCCGGAUAGGAACGGUUCACAAACAAAUGGUGGCGGAUCCAAUGGAAGCAGGAAGUCAUGGGGGUCGAAGAAGGUUACUGAUUGGGAGCCGAUACCUAGCGGCCAGCACCCAGAUCUUGGAUGGAGUACUCCCGUGAAGAGCCAAGGAAGCAUCAAAGGAAGUAAUUCAGCCUGGGCUGCGACUGGCGGCAACAGAAGCAACAGCGGAUGGAAUACUUCAGGGAAUGUCCAGAAUAACGAUGCCCAGGUGAAUUCUGGCGGCGAUGGCUGGACAACAACGAAUGACACCACUUGGGGUGACUCCAACACCAAUCAGGACGCAUGGGGGGCGUCCAAUAAUCAGCCAGGUGAUUCUUGGACCAACGCACAAGGCAACUACAACAACUGGUCGACGGGUUCGAACCACUCCGGCUCGAAGAAGUCAAGCAAGAGCCAGCAUAAUAACAGCGGCGGCAACCGCAGCCCUAGUGGUCAACCCCAACUGGCUACCAACUGGAAUGAACAGGGAAAUAACGUCGGUUACUCUGGGCAUGUCGUCUCAAAUGACUUGAACAAGCCAGACAAGCCUAGCAAGAAUACGUCCCAGCCCUCCACUAACGGCGACUGGGAUAAUAAUGCUGGUCCAACGACCGACAGCCCCGUGGGUAACUCUAACAACAGCAACGGAUCCAAGCAGGGCUCGAAGGACACACCCAAGAAGAGGGAUGAAUGGGCCUCCAGCGGCGGAUCGGUUUGGAGUACCGACAAUAACGCAGUGCCGACGAACAGCAACAGCCCGAACAACUGGGGCCCCGGGACCACGAGCGGCGACAACUGGAAUCAGACCGCAACAGAGAUGAGCAAGGCCUCGAGCGGCAGCAAGAGCAUGCCAGGUGCCUGGGAUACCAAGCUCCCAUGGGGUGAUACAUCUAUGGCCCAGUCGACCGGCGGUGCGGCGGACAACUGGUGA